AUGGACGACUUCCUCACACCUGUCUCCACCACGAAGGUGAAGCGCACUCAAGACUCGAAGCCUCUUCUGAAAGAGAUUGGAAGCACCGUGAACAGCAAAAGCAGCGUAAUAGUCGAUUCUCCCGAAAGAGCAUUGGAGGUCCUCAAGGAGCAACCGGAUCUUGAGUCGAUCGAAAGCGUGCUUGAAUAUCUGGUGGCCGAAACCGAGCGUCAGGAUGGCUUUCACCUUGUGCUUCCGGGUCCAGUUGCCGCAAAUAUCGUAUUCCAACUGAUCAAUACGACACUGCAGGACUAUUGGCAAAUCUUGAAAGACAAGAAACCACAGUUAAAGCAAAUGACUAGAUGCCUUCGUAAUCCGAGCGGCAUAGGAAAUGUCAUCACGCGAUUACGGCCGCUGAUUGCAGAUUGUCGACAGAAGAAGGCUGUUGGAGAGACCCGAGAUUCGGCAUCCCAUAUUGUGGAUCUCUUAGAUUUUCUUGAGCGCAUCUUACACGGCGAACAAUGUUUGACCCAGGUGUGGGCGGACAUCAAAACGCACGGAAAGAACGCAGCACGAAAGAAGAUGAUGUGGAAAGAAUUUGUUGCACAAGUUGCUUCCGGACGGAUAGUCUCUCUUGCAGCUGAAGCCGAGGAUGUACUCAAAGAGAAGCAAGUGUCUCGGAAAUCUAGUUGGCUGGCGGAUGGCAGCAGCUACGCAACCUGGUUGGGGCGUAACAUUGCACAUUUGAGCGCAAUGGAGCGCGACGAAGAUUCUGCGUCGAUAGUCGUAGAUGUUUGCAGCAAAGCGCUGACCCUAGGUUACACAGAUCAGACCAUCCGCUCGAUGCUGCUAGUCAUGAUCGAUAGCGACACUAUCGGCGCCUUUACCGCGCUGCUUCACAAGAUGAAAGCCUUUGAGCAACGCAAAUACCUAAAUGCAAUCAUAAAUGCCUUGUCUAACCAUUAUUUCAACACUGUCGGCGAUAAUACAAAAACUUCUGUGUUCGAAAGCUCCCCGCUUAUUGCCGGUGUCGCUGCCCUGGUCAGUGAGUUGGUCCGAGGCAGCGACACGCUGAUGGAGCAUCUGGUAGCAUCACUCACGAGGUCUGGUGUUCCUGCGCUAGAUGAUUCACUUUCUGGACGCAGGAGUGUCAUUGCGGCUAUUGCGAAAGACGAAGAUCAUAUACAUACUCUCCUCGAAAACAGCCUCAAAAUGUUUGGAGAUACCUUCUACAUCAAACAUACACCUAUUAUCCAGCAAGAAGCUCUCGCACAAACUCUUGCGAUAACCUGCGGAUACGUUCAGCGCUCGCAGCCGAUGUUUCUUACCAUGAUGGCCAAGUCGAGCCAUCAUACAUCUGGGAUGUCAAACCGAAUAGGAUCAUCCUCUCCACGAGCCCGGUUUCUUGGCAUAGCAAUGGGCAUGGCGAUCUCGAAAAUGGUUGACAAGCCUGAGACUCAACUCAAUUUUGACCUGGAAGGUGCCGAAGCGGAAGAAGCGCAGUGGUACCAGCAUCUCACGAAAAUCAAUGACAGGCUCGGUGAAAUCAGUUUUUUGAAGGUCCGGGAGAACAAAUCAAACAAGCAAGGAGGCCGCAAGGGACCCACCAAGGUCGCAACCAAGGACACUACAAGUACCUCCAUUACCGAGAUACAAGGUCCUCGUAUCGUCGAGAUACUUUCAGACGAAGACGAAGACGAAGAUGACGACCUCGUCCCUUACUCAAAGCCGGACUCUGACCCCGAAGACGAAACGGACGAUCCUACAGAGAUCAAUCGAAACAAACCCACCGCUCCCGUCUAUAUUCGCGACCUAGUCGCUGGUCUGCGUGACACAGAGGACUACGACAGGCACGCUUUAGCGCUCUCCACAGCCGCACCGCUCAUCCGCCGUAAAGCGAACUUCGGCUCCGAGGUGCUCGACAAUAUCGAAGAGCUUGCCUCUAUCCUUGUUGGGCUGAACGACAGUUUUGAAUUGGAGAAGUUCGCGGAGCAGAAACAGCAAGCCCUCAUAGCAGUACUGUUAGCAAAGCCAGCAGCAAUGGCGCAAUGGUUCGCACGCAACUUCUUCACAGGCGACUACUCCCUCACCCAACGCACUGCAAUCCUCACAACCCUCGGUCUAGGCGCUCGCGAACUCGCCGGCUUGAAAGACACUGCUACUGAGAAUAUGACUCCGCCGGCCCCGGCCUUCCCGAGCAAAAAACUUCCACCGCAACUACACGCCCUCUACGCGCCCACUCCCUCGUCUUCAAAUCCACUAGCCCGCCUCACAACCAACAUGACGAAAGAACUCCUCUCUCCGCUCGCCGCCAAAGCAGCAGACACCCUGACCGGUCCAGCAAUUCUCAAAGUAGGCCAAAGCCGCACAUUCAGCUCGCGCAUGGAAGUAGAAGCACGACGCUCGAAGCCCAUUCCCAACGCGCUGUCGCAGAUGGUCGUGGACAACUUCUUCUUUCCGCUGACGGGACGGUGGUGGCUCGCUACGCGUGCAUCUGCCUCCUCAGCAUCGUCGAUAUACACUUCGACCCAUUUGCUUCCUACGUUCUUGCAUACCUUGGCGUUGCUUAUGAACGCGUCUGGACCUAACACCCUCGCGUUACCACAGAUGACGCGCGAGAUGUGGGAGCUGCUGCUGUCAUGUCGUGCUCAUGCGAUGAACGAUAAGAGAAUCUUGUCAGCUUUGUUGUUUGCGGUUUUGAUGCUGCUCGAGACGAAUGGGGACAAAGAGCGACUGGCGACUGAACAAGGCAAGGAGCUGAUGGAGACGCAGGAAUGGGUGCGCGGAGUUUUUGACGGGUUACCAGCUGGGAAGGAUGGUGGAGAGGAUGAGAAGGUGAGAGUGCUGGCUGCAGGUGUGGUUGUGCGCUGUCAGGAGGUUGUGGAGAAGUAUCAGCGGCGGUUAGUAGGGAGUAUGAUGGAUUAUUGA